AUGUCUUCUGUAGCCCCCAAAAACAACAAUGCGAGCGACCAACAGACAAAAACCGGGCCCCCUAGCAGCGAUGGGACAUCCUAUCCCGAGCAGCGUCAUGCUGGUCAAGUCGGGUAUGGGCCUAACUACCACACUGGUCCUACAUUAGAGGAGAAAGUCGCGGGUCUGAAAGAAGAGCUUAUGGGAAAGGUCACUCGCAGUCCUGCUCGCGUCCAGCACGGCCGUGAACUUCUCAGCGGAGAGGAAAGGCGCAAGAAGCUUAGUGACGAGCCAAACCCCUUCACCGCCGCCAACAAAGACGACCAUGAGACCAAGUCUCCGGCGCGCUUACCUGGACCGUCCGUUGGCGUCUCGAGCUCUACUGUUCCCUCCAAUUCCACUGUUUCCGCCAUCAACUUGGACAGACCUUCUUCUGGACCUGACCAAAACCCACAGUUCCACUCAGGCUACCCACCGAGGCCCAACCCGUCUGGAAUGGGAACGCACGAUGCGCAUGUCCAGAGCCAAGGAGAGGCAGUGGACCGCGUCAAGUAUAUCUGA